AUGAAUCCGAUGAACAAUCAGUUUCUCUCAGUGACACCGACGCAAGCCAAAACACCCGCACAUACACUGAUCCGGGUGCGGAAUAAUCAGCGACGCCAUCGUGAGCGGCGACGCCAAUAUAUCGCCUUACUCGAGCAGAAAGUCCACCAAAACGAGUGUCUUCUUGCUGAAGCAAGAGCAAAAAUUGCGGAACUAGAGGCUGAUUCCAGGUACUGGAGGGACCGAGCGACUAAGGAGCAUGCUGAUGCUGUGGUGACUCCACAGCCGAUGCUGCCAACGGAAGAACACCAGCAACUGGAGGAAAUUGGCGAUGAGAUACGAAAACAGUCCCUGUGGCUCCAAGAUGAUGAUACUUACGCACGCGAUGCAACGGCUGGAUUUGAGUCACAACGCCUUGUAGCGAUGAUGAAGACUACUGCUGUGGCUGGAUCCUCCAGUCCCUGUAUAUCAUCGCCCCAACGAACCUCAGCUUUGGUACCCCUGGGCUCUGUGUAUCUCUUUCAGCGGCCCGAACCUGGUAUCCUCCCACAGCAUAGCACACAACUGAAGGGGACAUCUCUGCCAGCCCUCUUAAAUGACGUAGACACCAACCAAAUUGAGGACGUGUCCAACGGCCCAUUGGCCUCGAUUUCCAACUGCAAGACAUACCCACCGCUCGGAAAUGAGUCUACAGUACCCUGUGCUCACGCGUCCAAUUUGAUUGCACAACAGAACGUCCGUUGUUUGGAUGAGAACAGUAUUCAAACUUGGCUUCAAAAGAGUUUCCGGAGUGCUCAGUCUCAGAGCGAAGGCUGUCGGGUCGAGACCGCAUCUUUGUUCGCUCUGUUAGACUUUAUCAGUGCUCCUUGA